GUCGUCUGUCGCGGCACUGACGCGCGCCCGCGACCACGCGCGAGCCUCCGAUCACCUUACGUAAUAACCGAUCUGAUCGAAACCGUUCAUCCGAUUAUCGAUUGUGAACAAGUGAACUUUCUUAUCUGUGUCCGAGUUUACUUUUUUUUUAUUAUAAUUUUCGCGCCUCGAAGUGAACUCGCAUUGUGCGCUCUGUGUCAUGUUAUUGUUUUGUUUUUGCAAAGACUCGUAAGAUUAUUUUUGGGCGUAGCUGACUGUGUUUGAUUUUGAAAUAUUUUUGUUGAUGACAUUGUGAGUGUUUGUCGAACGACUUUAUUUGAAACGUUUUAUAAGUUUUGGUGAUUUAUUUGACUUUGUGUGAUGUGGACGAAUUUUCGUUUCUAAUGUGACAGAAACUUUGUUAAAUGUCGUCAGGCACAACACAAUAAGAAACUGACGGUAAACAAAGAAACGGCACUCGAACGAAUAAAAAGAACAAUUCAAAAUUCGAACAUUGAUACUGGCAAUCGAGAAAGUUUCGAAAAAGUGUGUCUAUUGGUAUGAAAAUGCGACGUUCGAUGUUUGAAUCAGGCGUAUGCGCGUCGAGAGGGUGACGGGUCAUUAUGCGCCGGGAGUGAGCGCGGCGCGGACGUCCGGAUGCACCCGACCGGCGCGGCCAGCCUGCCCGCCGCACCAGAGGCGGAGGUGCAAGCUAUGCACUCGAUGGACUGGCUCUUCAAGAAAGAAAGGAUAUAUCUUCUAGCGCAGUUCUGGCAACAGCGAGCUACCCUGGCGGAGAAGGAGGUAACAACGCUGAAAGAACAAUUAGCCACGACCAGCCCAACGCCGCUCCAAGCCACAGUCCCCCCUAAAACCAAUGGCUCUCACAUAGAACCAACGAGAGACCAGGCCACAGAAACUAGGAUACCUGAACGUUUUAGUUCAGAUAUUAAAGAAGAAAAACGAAGGACGCCGGAUAUUGAUGAGGAUAUAGAACAAAAGAUAGAAAUGGCGGCCACUGCGAGGAGUAAUAGCAACUCCUCGAGGAGUAGUCCCGUUGUCAACCAAAGCAGCAGCUUAGAGAACGAGCUGGCUGCCAAAGAAAAAGAGAUAGCUCAACUAGUGGAAGACGUGCGACGUCUCCAAGCGUCGCUAUCGGCGCUGCAAGAAGCGCACGCGCAACAGCUUCAGCGGCUAGAAGAGCGGCUGGACGAAAAGAAACAACACAUAGCCAGGCUGGAGGCGAGACUCGACACACAGAGGGACUAUGACGAUAUUAAGAGAGAGAUCAGCUUGCUGCGAUCGAUGGAGCUGGGACCCAACGAGAGGGUAGAGCGCAAGGAGGCGCUGCGCUCGCCCGCCGCGCCUGCGCAGCGCGACAGCUCUGCGGAGCGCGAGCGCAGCACAGAGCGCCGCGACACCGGUGGCGACGAGUGGCCGAGCACGCCACCGCCGCUCAACAACAACACCACGCAUCACAACAACAACGGGCCGGUCCCGUUGCCGCUGCCGCCGCCGAGCCCGUUCCGUUUCGAGGAGCACCGCCCCUACCGGUUUGCAGAGGACAUGGGCCCUCUCCCUCCCGGCGCACUCGUCGGCCGCCUCGGAGACUCUCUCAUACCAAAGGGCGACCCAAUGGAAGCCAGACUGCAGGAAAUGCUCAGAUACAAUAUGGACAAGUACGCGAACUCGAACCUGGAUACGCUGCACAUAAGCCGGCGCGUGCGCGAGCUGCUGUCGGUGCACAACAUUGGUCAGAGACUGUUUGCGAAGUACGUGCUUGGGCUUUCGCAAGGGACAGUGUCGGAGCUGCUCUCGAAGCCAAAGCCCUGGGACAAGUUGACCGAGAAGGGCCGGGAUUCGUACAGAAAGAUGCACGCGUGGGCCUGCGACGAGGCGGCCAUCAUGUUACUGAAGUCACUUAUUCCUAAAAAAGUUGGGACUAAAGAUGGUUCAACGGGUACAGGGUUCGGAAGGCCGGAAGGUGAAGGCGACGAGCGCCUCGCGCACAUGCUCACCGAGGCAUCCCACAUGAUGAAGACGCCCACAGGCCAAACCAACAACGAUGACUCCAGGAGUAACGAAGACUCGAGUUCACCCAGAACACAAUGUCCUUCGCCAUUUUCUAAGGAUUCAAGUCAAAAUAGAAGGCUGAAAAAGUACGAAAAUGAUGACAUUCCCCAAGAAAAGGUAGUCCGUAUAUACCAAGAAGAACUGGCCAAGAUUAUGACCAGGAGAGUAGAGGAUAUGCGUCACAACCGUGAAGGAUUCCCUGGUGUGUUUCCUCCUUUUUUCAGUGGCGGCAUGCCACCACACAUGGAGAGGCAACCAGAGGAUAUCCGCAUGGCGCUUGAAGCGUAUCACCGAGAACUUGCCAAAAUCCAACCGGGUGGUAACAUUCCGAACCUCCAUAAUAUGCCAGGAAUGCCACCGUUUCCCAACCUUCUCGCUCUGCAGCAGCAAGCAAUGCAGGCGCAAAACCAGCACAUGAACGGCUCUGGAGCGGUCCAAGAUCUCUCCUUGCCCAAAGAUAAAAAUACCAAAAUAAAUGGAAUGACUGAUAGUGAUAAGGAUAGAUCUAUGGACGCGGAAGAAGCUAUAAGGCACGCAGGAAGUGCCUUUUCAUUAGUUAGACCAAAAUUAGAGCCUGGACAGCAGUCGACUGGCUCAUCAGCUUCAAGCCCACUCGGUAACGCGAUUCUCCCUCCAGCAAUAACUCCGAACGAUGACUUUAAUAAUUCCGCUGCUGCUAGUCCGCUUCAACGAAUGGCGUCAAUAACUAAUAGUCUUAUAUCGCAGCCUCCGAACCCUCCUCACCAUGCACCGCCACAACGGUCGAUGAAGGCCGUCCUUCCACCAAUAACCCAGCAACAGUUUGAUCUCUUUAAUAACUUAAAUACUGAGGAAAUAGUUAAGAGGGUCAAGGAAGCGCUGAGUCAGUACUCUAUUAGCCAAAGACUAUUCGGUGAAUCCGUGCUCGGAUUAUCACAGGGUUCCGUCAGCGACCUACUAGCGAGGCCGAAACCCUGGCAUAUGCUUACCCAAAAAGGAAGAGAACCUUUUAUUAGAAUGAAAAUGUUCUUGGAAGAUGAAAAUGCAGUACAUAAACUGGUCGCAUCUCAAUAUAAAAUUGCACCCGAGAAGUUGAUGAGAACAGGAAACUAUAGCGGAGCUCCUCCUUGUCCGCCAAACAUGAACAAGCCGAUGCCACCAACGCAAAAAAUGAUCUCAGAUGCGACUUCCCUGCUUAGCAAGAUGCAGCAGGAACAGCUUCUCAGUUCAGGUCAUUUGGGUCACCUUGGCCAACCCACGCCGCUUCUCUUGACCCCGCCUGGCUUUCCUCCUCACCAUGCGGUAACAUUACCCCCACAACAUCACGACAACAACAACAAGGAAAGGAAACCACCACCUCCACCACAACCCCAUCAUCAACCGGCCAUAAUGCGUGGUCUCCAUCAGCACAUGUCUCCCAGCGUUUACGAGAUGGCUGCGUUAACUCAAGACCUCGAUACACAAACUAUCACAACGAAGAUUAAGGAAGCUCUAUUAGCGAACAACAUAGGUCAGAAAAUAUUUGGUGAAGCUGUAUUAGGCCUGUCGCAAGGAUCAGUUAGUGAGCUCCUAUCAAAACCGAAACCUUGGCACAUGCUCAGCAUCAAAGGCCGAGAACCUUUUAUUAGAAUGCAAUUGUGGCUUAGUGACGCUCAUAACAUUGAUCGCCUACAGGCCUUAAAGAAUGAGAGGCGUGAGGCGAACAAGCGGCGAAGAUCGAGUGGCCCCGGUCAAGAUAAUUCCUCAGACACGUCAUCAAAUGACACGUCAGAAUUUUACCACUCGAGUUCUCCGGGUCCCACAUCCGGUGUGCCGUCAGCAAAGAAGCAACGAGUACUAUUUUCUGAGGAACAAAAAGAGGCCUUAAGGCUAGCAUUCGCACUCGAUCCUUACCCGAACACGCCAACUAUCGAGUUCCUAGCAGCGGAACUAGGACUUUCUACGAGAACGAUAACGAAUUGGUUCCAUAAUCAUCGCAUGCGACUAAAACAGCAUGCACCGCAUGGCCUGCCCGCUGAGCCCCCGGCGCGGGACCAGUCAGCGGCCCCCUUCGACCCCGUGCAGUUUCGACUCCUCCUGAACCAGAGGCUACUCGAAUUGCAAAAGGAGAGGAUGGGCCUCGCGGGUGUCCCGCUACCCUACCCUCCGUACUUUGCAGCCAACUCUAAUUUCGCGGCUUUGAUAGGACGAGGCUUGCUACCGCCCGACGAGCGCGCCAAGAACCCGUCCGGCGGGCUCGAUCUCUCGAUGCCGCUGAAACGCGAGCCCGACGGUGACGACUUCGAAGACGACGACGUCGAGAGCAACCUCGGCUCAGAGGACUCGCUCGACGAGGAGUCGAAGAACGAGCCGAAGGCCGCUUCGACGCCCGCCGGCCGCUCGAGCCGAAGGAAACCGGCGGCGCCGCAGUGGGUGAAUCCCGACUGGCAGGACGAAAAGCCGCGCAACCCCGACGAAGUGAUUAUCAACGGCGUGUGCGUCAUGAGGAGCGACGACUUCCGGCGCGAGGCCGAGCAGACGGUGCGCAUCGAGCCGGCGCCCGCGCCGCGCGAGCCGUCGCCCGCCUCGCCCGCCUCGCCCGCCUCGCGCGCCGCCUCGCCCGCCUCGCCCGCCGCGCACGCGCCCGCCGUGCUGCCCGAGGACAAGAUCAAGACCGAGGCGGAGGACGACCGGUGGGACUACUAGGCGACGUCUCGGACUAUUAUUUAUUGUAGGCUAAGUGAGCGAUCCGUUCGAGUGUGAGGCCAAAGACUGUGUACAUAGUGAGGCCGGCGUGGCGCAGCUCGCGCGCGGCGGGAACCUACGAUACAAAAAUUGCAUUUUGCUUUAAUUUUUAUACACGACGGUACCCCGAUCGGGUACAAAUAUCUAAGUAUUUUUAAGUUACGGCUUAGUGAUUUUUAUUCGAUUGUUGUAAAUAAAUAUACCAAAUAUGUAUCGAUGUAGCCGGGAGCCACGAUCUUGUAUAUAUGUACGUAGGCUAGAAUUACGUUGUAUUCUAUUAAAUAAAGUUUAUCGUUGCCGAUAAUUAGGGCUAGAGGUUCAUUUAAUUGUUAAAUUUUGAAGUGCAAUCCGAUGUAAAAUUAAGCUAUGGUCUAUACUAAACCCCAGUUGAAAGUAUUAUUAUGUUUAUAUGAACCGGUGAGGUUUAAAAUAUUAUAAUUGGUUUACUCAAGUUUACAUUAAUUUAAAUUAUGAAUUUUUAUUUGAAUUCUGUUUUUUUUUCUUUAUAUAAUAUUAUUUUAUUCAGUUAGAACGAUUUUCGUCUAAUAAAAUUGACCCAGACACGAUUGUCUUAAAACUAUUUUUCUGUCCUUAGAGUAACAAGAGUUGUAAUAUUUUUUUUUAUAUUUUUAGAGAACGUACAAAUUUAGACAGAAAUAAAAUACACUACGAUUAAGCAAAUGUUGUAUUGCUUGAGGUUAUAGUUUUUUUUUUUUAUUUUAUUUUUAGCAAUAAAUUUGCUUUUAAUCUAA